UCACAGAUGACAGCAAGAUAACAUGAAACCAGUUUCUGAGGGCAGUGUGAAGAGCUGCCAAAGGCUACAGACCAAUGAAAGAGACAGUGGGAAGUCUUACAACUCCUCAAAGGUGUGUGGGCUGAACUUACACAGUAAACUAAGCUUUCUUUGCUUGUCUAAGCUUACUGUGUCACAGCUACAGCUGGCUCAACAUGGUGUCAUAAGGAUUUCUCUUUGGGAUACUGAAAUUACCCAGUCUGGAGCCACAGAAACAGGAGAGAUACAGGCACUGAGUGGUCAAAGCCUGACACUGACAAUACUGCAAAGCUUUACCUACACUUAGAAUCUUUGGUGAAAUAAAGUCGGAAGAUGGCAGAAAGGUAUCCCUGGUGGAAGUCCUUAACCAGCAGGACGAAAAACAACAUCCUUAAAGAGACCAUCGUUCCGCAAGAAGCAGAAAAAGAGGCCAAAGCUCCUGCCAAACAGAGCACAGAGAGCCAAAACUCCAAACUGCUCAGUAACGAGACUUACGAUGACUCCCACCUCGAACCCGUGUUCAACGAGAACACCUGCAGGAGGAACCUGAGGGUUUCUCGGUCUGGCCGCUUUAAGGAGAAGAGGAGAGUUAGGGGGACUUUACCGGCCAACUGCAGCUUUUACGAGAACAACACCGCCGUGGCCAAGUAGCCCUGCUGGUGCUGAGAGAGCCGUGAUGAAGACAGACUGGAGCGCAGAGCCAGACACACUGCAGCCCAGAGCACAGCGGUACAGCGACACUGCGGUGUGCCUCCGCUGUUAAAAGCAGCACACUGAACAAGUUCGGUUCAGAAUAAAAGUUAAAAGGUUUUUAUUUUUUGAAUUUGGUUCGCACGUUUUUUCUAUGUUCGAACGUUUUUUAAAAGUACGAGGUUUUGUUCAUUUGAGUUGGCGUUGUGAAAAAACUACAAUAUCCACAAUCCAUCUGUUCAUAACUCUCGGCAGGCAGGCAGGCUGGUGGGAAAACAGCAGAUGUGCAGAUUUUCAGCUAACAAAGUGGUUGAUUUUAUGCAGAAGUUGUACUUUCUCUCCUGUUUGAUGGUUUGUGCCUAUAUUCAUAAAACACACUAUUCUGUAUUUUACUUGUGAGGUUAUACUCUAAAGGUGAAUUUGGUCAGUGAUGGGAAUGGGUUUAGAGACUGUUGUACUGCAGCAAAUAUGGGAAGACUUGAUUUUAAACUGCAAACAUUAGACAGACUUUUUAUAUUCAGUUCACCUACCAUGAACACCGAAACUAGCUUAAUUGAUUAAUCAAUCACUAUUACUAGUACUACUACUAAUAAUAAUCCAUCCAUCCAUCCAUCAUCUAAACCGCUUAUCCUUCUGGGUUGGGUGCUGGAGCCUAUC